GGAAUGCAAAUUUGGUUAGCCCCAAAACAAUCACGUUCUUACAUAACGUUUACAUCAGCACAGGGCCGUGCUGCCAGUCUUGGUCAGGCACAAGAAUGGAGGUAAAUAUGAACAGAUACACGACGCUCAUAACGGUGGUUGCAUUAGCGGUGGUGGCGGCGCUAGUCCCCGUAACCAGUGCCGGCCAAUGUGUGGACGCCAAACCUGGCGCUAACUUCACCAACGAGCGCUACUACGGGCUGUGGUACGAGAUCGGCAAGAUCCAAACGGCCGGAGGGGCGUUCUUUGAGAAGGACUGUGUCUGUACCAACAUCGCCAUCAAAGCUGACCCUAGCGGGAAUGAGGGAGACGCUAUAGUUACUAACAGCUGUAGGAAGAACACUCCACAGGGAAAAUACCUGAACGCUACAGCCAAACUGAUCCAGGAGACAGUACCAGGGAUAUGGCAGGAAAGCUUCUUCCCCUUUGCUCCCACGCAAACCUACACCAUCAUCUACAUUGGAGAUGACUAUGCUGUAGAGUAUGACUGCGAGUCAGUGUUCGGCCUACUGAACUACUGUAUCCACAUCCUGUCUCGCAAACCCACUCAGGACCCAGGCCUUACCAUGAAGCUCCUCCAGGGUUCCUUAGACAUGGGGCUCAACUCGGAGAAACUGGACUACGUACAGACUCUGCAAGAGGGGUGCUGGUAGAUAUAGGAACUAGAAACCCAACAUUUGGAAGCAAAAGAGGAUAUUUGGCAACUCCCCCAGUUUAUUCUUGUUUCCCUGACUUAAAAAUUUCAGCGACAAGAUUGAAAAUAAGGCCUCACAACAACUUGAAUCUGUCUCUAUUCGCUCCCAGUUACUGUGUGUACCAAGGUUAAGACUUUUCCAUGAAUUAUCUUUUCAUACUGAUAUCAUCAUAUAUUUCAGGCUUGUAAAUCAAAUUGACUUAUACAUAGCUUAAAGGUAUGUCAGAUUACAGUAUCCUAGUGAAAAUGACAAGUUCAUUUGCCUUCACAUGUAGCUGUGACUUUUUCAAAAAUAGUCUUACUUUAUUGAUUCUCAACAUGAGGGGAUAUCAUCAACAAACUCAAAUGCAACGGGAGGUACUGACUUUAAAUUAUCUUUUAUUUGCCAUCUUUAA